AUGGGUGACAUAAGUAAUUCCAAAGAUGGCGAGAUUUCUAUGCAAACUUUGAAUGAACCUGCACCUUCAGAGACUCUUCCAGAAACUUCUGAACCCUCAUUGCUUCUGUCUGAGAAGACACGUGGUGCUCUGUACGUUGCACUACCGGCACUAGCUCAGGGAAAGAAAUGGGUAUUGCUAUAUAGUACAUGGAGGCAUGGCAUUUCACUUUCAACUUUGUAUAGAAGAAGCAUGCUUUGCCCAGGCCUCACUUUGCUGUUAAGCGAAGACUUCACUUUGUGUCUCAUGUUUGAGAGUGAUCUCAAGCUCCAAGACCCAUCAGUGACUGAUGGAUCAAUGUUCAAGUAUUAAUAGCUUAUUCUUCAAGCAUUAUUAUGCUGUAAGAAUGUUGAGUCCUGACCUUUUCAAUUGUCAUCAUGCCGUGACCAAUAUAUGUAUAUGAACAUAGAUGUCAUAAACAUAAUCUCCUACACACACUACAGGUCCUAAUUUGCAGUAUUCGGAAUAUAGUGCUUUGGAUAUAUACCCUUUCCACACACUAAAUUAGUUGUAGUUCACCCCUAAAAAAGUAUAUUGUUAUUAGUUAUACUGCUAAGAAGUAAGGACACAGAUACAACAAGUCAUGCGCAUGAUGAAAAUAAAUUUAUCAAAAAAAAGUAGGAU